AUGGCCGCCCCUGCGCGUAACCACGGGGCUCUGCUGUAAGGAAAACAGCUGCCUAUUUCUCUUUCACUGGUCAAAGUGAAGUUUGUUUGCUAUUGACAGCAUUAACGUCAUUUAAAAGGGUUUCACUGGGUGGCAAAAUGAAUAACAAAACAACCUGCUUUUUGUGGAACCUCAGACAAUUCAGUACUUUAGCUCCAAGAAGAAUGCUGUGGCUAGUACAUCCUCUGGGACUUUGCAGACGACAAAUUGUUCAUCCAAGCUGGAACCCAAGAAACCCACUUUUAAAUGACUUUGAUAAUAGGUCGCAGUCCUCUGUCCGAUACCUCUUCCAGAGUGCGCUGAAUUUUAAAUCAAUCGAUGAUGACCUGCAAACAAACGGCAUCCGCACAGCCACGGUCCCUGCAGCUGACAGAUUACUUUGCUCUAGAACACUGCCCUUGGACUCAAAACACUCUUUUUUCUCUGUGGGUAAAUCUGGUGACGGAUUGAAGAAAAGACACGUUCAUCAUGAGGCCACCAAUGAAGCUACUGUCGUCAAGGAAACAAAGCCAAACUAUGGGAACCUGUCUCACGAGUAUAAUUCCCUGAGUGAUGUAUUGGAUGCAUUUUCAAAAGCCCCAACAUUUCCCAGUAGUAGCUAUUUUUUGACAAUGUGGAAAAUUGCCAAAAGGAUGUCCAAAGACCAGAAACACUUUGAAAAACAGCUGAUGUUUAACCACCCUGCAUUUAACCAGCUAUGUGAGCACAUGAUGAGAGAAGCCAAGAUCAUGCACUACGAUCACCUGCUGUUUGGUCUUAAUGCUAUGGUGAACCUGGGGAUCCCUCAGAAUACUCUGCUGGUACAGACUUUGCUGAGGAUAGCUCAGGAACGUAUCAAUGAAUGUGAUGAGAAAUGCCUUUCAAUUUUGGCAACUGUUUUAGUGUCAAUGGAGCCGUGCAAGAAUGUGGAUGUUCUUCGAGCAGGAUUGAGGAUACUAGCUGAUCAGCAAGUUUGGAAAAUAGAACGGAUCUUCACAUUACAGGCAAUGAUGAAAUGUAUUGGAAAAGACGCACCGAUUGCUCUUAAAAAGAAACUGGAGAUGAAAGCCUUGAGGGAAUUAGACAGGUUUUCUGUUUUGAACAGCCAGCGCAUGUUUGAGGUACUAGCUGCCAUGGACCACCGUUCUAUUACACUCUUGAAUGGAUGCAGUAAGAUGGUCCUAGAUAGCAUCUACGGCUGCCCUUUCAAGAACCUGGUCAGCAUAUUGCAGGCCUGCAAAGACCUCCACUACCGCAACGUCGCUCUUUUCAAGGGGAUAGCAGAUUAUGUGGCUGCCACUUUUGACAUCUGGAAGUUGAAACAAGUUCUCUCAUUCCUCCUGUUAUUUGAAGCCUUUGGCUUUCGACCUACUCACUUGAUGGACUUGUUUAUGAAGAAAGUGGUGGAUGAACCCGACUUCCUCAACGUGAAGACCACUGAGGCGAUUCUGCGCGUGUAUUCGUCCCUCAAUCACCUCCACCAAGGCCAGAGCAAGGAGUUCCUGGACAGGAUGGCAGGCGCUCUGACUGGUAGCCUUCACCAGAUCUCUUCUGAUGACCUGCUCCAAGCCGUAUGUUCAUGUUGUGUGAUGAACCAUUUCCCCCUGGCAGCUAUUAAUCAGCUUCUCCAGAAGGACGUCGUCAGUGAGCUGCUGACAUCAGGAAAUGUGGAGAGGAAUAUCUACAAGCUUCGUCUUUUGAAAACAUGUCUAGAACUUGAUGACACUCCUUACUGCAAGUCCUCGGACAUCCCAUUACCACCAGUGCCGGCCAUCCCCCAACAUCCCAAUGCAAAGGUGGAAGGCGUGCUGAGUAGCCUUAUGGGGGGCGAAGGAUGCUUCUCCAAAAACGUACAGUUGCCACACAAUUAUCAUAUUGACUUUGAAAUUAGAAUGGAUGCUAAUAGGAGUCAAGUUCUUCCAUUUUCUGAUGCGGAUACGGACUCGUCUGCUGCAGAUACUCAAAGAGUAGCUGUGCUUUGUGUUCGUCCAUCUAGUUAUUGUUUAGAGUCAACCCACCCCAGGGGAUUACUUGCCAUGAAGAUGCGACAUUUGAACAUCAUGGGCUUUCAUGUGAUACUGGUCAAUACUUCGGAGAUUGAAAGACUAGAGAUGAAGGAUGCCAUCACGUGGUUGAAGUCUAAAAUCUAUUCCAUCGAAGCCCUUCCUUCUGCUGAUGUGAAUUUGCAAAGCACCUACUAAAAUCAAAAGCACCUUUUUAUAUUGAGAGAAAAGCAUUUGUAAAAAUAUUUUAAUAAACAUGACAAUUUAAUUUUCAGUGGAAUUCACCUGACCGCUCACCAUCCUAAAGGUGAUUACUUCACUAUUAAAUUAGUUUUAAGAAUGAAGAAAUGUUGCUGCUGGCAUUUUAGAACGUGUAGGGCAGGGGAAGAGUUCCAGAACCACACUAAUUUCCUCUAGUACCUGGAGAUUUGACGAGUCAAUGAGCUUCUGGUCCAGCUUUGCAUUAGCCUGGUGACGGAUGGUGGCCUCGUACUUGCCAUGGGUUACCAAGGAAGACCGCGUGUUUUGGAACCUUCACUUUUCGUUCCUAUUGUAAGCUAAUCUAAGGUAACUUGAAGGCUGUACCUCCAAAUUGUUUUCAAAUAUUAGCCAGAUAGCAAUUGCUUUCAAAGUGUGUAAGAAUUAGUUGUGCAGCAGGUUAAACUGUAGUACCCUGUGUUUUGCGUGAGGAUCUAGUAUCUGCAUUUGUACUAGGUAUGCUGAACAAUGCUGCUGAAAGCUGCUUAUGGGCCAUCCUUCAGCAACACAGAUGAGACAGUACAUAGGUGGAACGGAGUCCACAUUUUCAAGGCUGGUAGGCUGCUGGUUGCUGCUACUGUAGCUUGCAAUUGUUGAGGUCCCUCCUUUCUGAACUUUGUUUACCUCUAAUUCUUCCAUUGUUGCACAGUUUUUUAAAAUUAAAUAUACAGCUGACCUGU